CGUUUCUUUUUACUUUUAAUAGUUGUAUCAUUCAUUAUUCUAUUAUUGUUAAUUAUUUCUUGAUUCUUUUUUGGUGGUUAGUGUUCAUAAUACAUUUUUUUUGCCAUAAUUUUUAUAUUUACACUGGUAAAUAAAAACAUAUAGUCGUCACAACGUUAAACAGACUACUACAUUUAAAAUGACAUAGGUGUAAUUUUGGUUUUAACUAAAUAUAUUCCACUAACAGAAGAAUAUAUCUGCAUGUUUUAAAAAUUUUACCAAUUGUUGAAUUGAAAUUUUAAUUCUAUAACUAAUCACAUACACAAUUAACCAUGGAAGUAAACAAAGAUGAAGCUUAUCGCUGUUUAGAUCGUGCUGAAUAUUAUAUUGUCGAAGGUGACAUCGAAAAAGCAGAGAAGUUCAUAAAUAAGAGCAAAAAACUAUUUCCAACUUCUGAAGCGGACGAAUUAUUGAAAAAAUUAAAAACUCAAGGUUCGAAAAAACAUUCAACAUCAAAUGUAAAACCUGAUGGACAAAAUGCUAAAAAACGUAAAAAUACGCCUCCAGGUAGCCCCAGAGCAGAUAGAGCUAAUCAGCCAACUUAUACAAAAGCACAAUUGGAUACAGUAAAAAAAGUUAACAACUGCAAAGAUUUCUAUGAUGUGCUUAAUAUAAAAAAAGAUGCUACUGAUACUGAAAUAAAAAAAGCUUAUAAGAAAUUAGCUCUAGUAUUGCAUCCAGAUAAAAAUCAUGCACCUGGAGCAGCUGAAGCAUUUAAAACUGUAGGUAAUGCAGUUGCUACUUUAACUGAUGCAGAAAAACGAAAACGUUAUGAUAUGGUUGGCCAUGAAAAUUCUACAUCAGAUCAUGUACACAGAAAUUAUGAUCAUGGAUUUGAAUCUGAUAUUACAGCUGAACAAUUAUUUAAUAUGUUCUUUAACGGAGCUUUUCCAACAAGACAAGGACCAAUGACAAAUCCGUACUAUACUCGAUCGUUUUCAAGACGUUGGCCACCGGAGACUGAUAAUGAUAAUCAUCAACAACAGGAAUCAUCAAGUAUAUAUUUUCAAUUAUUACCAAUUCUUCUUCUACUUCUGCUUUCAUUGUUUUCAAACUUUUCUUAUGACCCCGUGUAUACUCUAAAACAUUCCGCGAAGUACCCUGUUCUUCGUCGUACAUCAUUCAGAGACAUUUCAUAUUUUGUGAAAGAUAAUUUUCAUACAGACUAUACAGGCGAUUUAAGGCGUUUAGAACAUACUAUCGAAGAAGAUUAUAUAAAUACCGUACGCACAAAAUGCAUACGUGAAAAAGAAUACUAUGAGUCAUUAAUGUGGAGAGCACGUUUAGAUGAUGAUUCUACAUUAUUCAAUAAAGCAACUAAAUACCAAAUGAAAUCUUGUGAGGAGUACCAAACUUUGAUGAAACAAAAAUAUAAAUAAAUUCUCUUUCUACAAUACCUCUUAGUUUAGUUUUAUUUUUUUUAUGUAAAGAGAGUUUAGAUGUUUACAAUUCAUAAAAUAUAUACACUGUGUAGAAUUUCACAUUUUAAUUGAAGCUUAAAUAUUUUUUGAUUUUUAAAUUGAUAAAGGAAAUAAAUAAUAUUUCUUUUGAUAGUUGCAUUAUUAUAUUUAAAUUAGAAUAUUGUAGUUGCGAUACAUCAAGUUAAAUACGCAUUUUUAAGGAUAAUUAUAAUAUAUUUGGAAUUAUUAUUGAAAAAGACAAGAUGUUUAAGAAUAUUUUUUUUUAAUUUAUUACGAAUGUAUUUAUGAAUUAUUAAUUUUGGCUAUCUUUAUUAGUAUAAUAUUAAUUUAUCUGAUUCAACUAUUAGCAAAAUAGAUAUAAAAAAAAUAUCUGAACCUCAAAUAUAAAACGGUUAAAAUGUGACUAUUGACCAUUUAAAUAUUACUUUAUACUUAAGAAUACAAGUAUUAUGUAACAAAUAUCAUAUACAUUAUCUAUUUAUAAAUAAAUAAUAUUGAGGUUAGUUAGCUUAAAUCUAUGUGUGAUUUGUUGGCGUUUAUGUUUCUAUUUAUAUAAUAAAUUACUUUAUUAUUUCAUUGUUUUAUUAUAUAAGGUUAUUUAGAGAAUUGUUUUUUUUUAAAUUGUAAUCAUUUUUUGAUUUUUGUGUUAAAUUAAUAGUUAAAUAAUAUUUUAUACAAAACAUUGGUGUUGAUAAAUACAUGUUUAUAAUACCUAUGCAUGUAUUAAAAAAAAUAGAUAAUCAUAAAUCAUAAUAAAGUAUAAAAAUAAAACUUAA